GAAGAGUGGAUGGUCAGUGGCACCAGGUGUUCUAGCAAAAGCUCCAGACUACAAUCAAAUUCUGGAAUCAAGAAUUUGGCAGGCUGCCUGGGACACAGCCCCUUGGUCCUGCAGCUGCUCUCCUUCCUGUUCUUGGCUGGGCUCCUGCUGAUCAUUCUCGUCCAAGUUUCCAAGACCCCAAACACCCAGGGGCAGGAGGAAUCCAAGCUUGAAGAGAUCUACCAGGAACUGACCCAGCUGACAGAUAAACUCUUGCCCAAGAUCCCGAUCUCCCAGGGGCAGAAUGAGUCCAUGCAGCAGAAGAUCUCUGAGCAACUGGCACAGCUGAAGACUGAACUCCAUGUCUCCAGGAUUCCCAGCUCCCAGGGAUGUAAUGAGUCCAUGCAGCAGAAGAUCUCUGAGCAACUGACGCAGCUGAAGACUGAGCUCCUUUCCAGGAUCCCUAGCUUCCAGGUGCAGAAUGAUUCUAAGCAGGAGAAGAUCUACCAGCAGUUGGUGCAGAUGAAGACUGAACUCCUCCGCCUGUGCCGCCCCUGCCCCUGGGACUGGACGUUCCUCCUAGGAAACUGUUACUUCUUCUCCAAGUCCCAGCGGAACUGGAACAAUGCCGUCAAGGCUUGCCAGGAAGUGGAGGCUCAGCUGGUCAUCAUCGAAAGUGAUGAAGAGCAGACCUUCCUGCAGCAGACUUCUAAGGCUAAAGGACCAACCUGGAUGGGGCUGUCAGACCUGAAGAAGGAAGCCACAUGGCUGUGGGUGGAUGGCUCACCUCUGUCAUCCAGAUUCCAGAAGUAUUGGAAUAGAGGAGAGCCCAACAACAUUGGGGAAGAAGACUGUGUGGAAUUCGCUGGGGAUGGCUGGAAUGACUCCAAAUGUGAACUUCAAAAGUUCUGGAUCUGCAAGAAGUCUGCAGUCCCGUGCACUGCCAGCUGAGAACCAGCCCACCUCAGCUUCUGCUCCCAUACUCUUCUGACAGGUGGACGGACCUGUCUCAGGCUCGCGCCAGCUCCUCUUCCUGCCUGUUGGCCUUAGUGUGUUGACAAAGCUCUGAGAUUCCUCGUCUUCCAUGUGUCUCCUAGUUUCAUUUCUGUUGCUGUGAUAAAAUGCUCUGACAAAAAGCACCUCAAGGGAGAAAAGGGCGUAUUUUGCCUCACAUUCCAGCUGACGGUCCAUCACCGCAGGACAGUCAGGAUGGUGGAAGCUUGAGACAAUUGGUCACAUCACAUCAACAGUCAGGAACAGACAAAAAUGUGUGCCUGCAUGCUCACUCCCUCGCUUGCUGGUGCUCAGCUCAGUUUCCCCACUCACACGGUUUAGGACCCCUGCCCAGGGAGGGGUGCCAUCCACAGUGGGCUGGAUAUUCCCACAUCUGUCAAUUAAGACAAUCCCCCACACACAAGCUCACAAAACAACCCAAUGUAAGAAGUCCCUCAUUCACACUCUUU